AUGGCACCUUCUACUCUAAAACCAGGUGUGCCUAUUACUUUGCAAGAGCUAGAGCCCUCCUCAGAGAUGUUCAAGCAAGGGGCAUCCCUUCGGGUAACAGGAAUCCUUCAGUCAUAUGAUGUGGACUCUGCAGUUGUUGUCAUUCAAGAUGGCAGUGCUAGACUGAAGAUUGAUACUCAAAACCUGAGAGACAUUAGUUUCCGCAGCAAUUCCACGUUCCAGUUCAUCGGUGAACUCCUGAUCCAGCCAAAUAACGAUGUAAUUUUUUUCUCCUUCCAGAUUUUGCCAGUCGGUUUGGUCUUAGUAUCAUUGGAACAAUGCUACAUCAAAUUUGGUGCUUGCGUCCUGCAGGCGAUUCUACAAGCACGUGUGGGCAGGAAUGUUGAUGGACUUGACCUGAACCUUUACCAGCAGUCUUUGAUCAUCCGACGGCAACAUGAAGCCAAACUACUGAGCUCCAGGAGGCCAUGA